AAAAAAAAAUAAAAUUCAACCUGUCUCAACCGACUUCCGACUCAAAAAAACCCAUCCUAUCAAAUCCAAGUCCGGCAAAAUCCGUUGGAUAGGUUUUGCCAUGCCUGACUUGAACCCAAAUUCCACACUCAAAUAUGAUAUCUCAAGUUAUAUGGCUGUCAAUCCUAGAGCAGCUUUAAGGAAUCUUUCAAUUCUAUAAUAAUCUGCACCUCUCAGGGAUAUUUCUGAACAUGGAUGCAAGUGCUUCACCACCUAGUUCCAAAAUGCAAAACAUCUUUGAAAGAUAGGAUGCAAAUGCAGGACAAAGAUGUUGAACUUUUACCAUAUAACCUGGUAUCCCUGAAUGAAGCAUCUAUCAAUGUCCAUAACUGGAUUGAUGGGAAGCAAGAAUGCGGUCAGUGCCUAGGAAAACUACUUUGUGGACUUAACAAGGUUAAAUCUCUUAAACUGUCAAAUGAAGCCCUUGAGGGAUUCAAACCAGAGGACAAAGGCAUGAUAAUCGACAUUGUACCUGCUUGUUUUUGGUCUUGCCUCAAAUCUGUUCUCAUCUUUAAUGCUGGUGGGGUUGCAGCGGGGUUGUGUUUCUUAAAAUAUUUGUUUGGGAAUGCACCUGUUUUGGAGAGGUUAUCUGUUGGUUGCACACUAGAACUAUCAAAAGAUUUAGAUAAACAAGAAGAGAUCCGUAAUCAAUUACAACAACUUCGUGGAGGCUCAGGAGGCAGUUGUAUAGUCGUGUAAGGAUGUUCCCUAAGAGCUCUGGGUUG